AUGGAGGAGACGCCGCUGGCGCAGCGGGUCGGGCAGCCCGUGUGCUUCGUGGGCCGCGUGGAGAAGGUGCACCCCAGCGGGAAGCUGCUCGUGCUCUCGGACGGCGAGGGGAAACACGCGACCGUGGAGCUGGGCGAGCCGCUAGAUGAAGAGAUUUCAGGAGUUAUUGAAGUAGUGGGAAGAGUGACAAACCAGGCAACCAUCAUGUGUAUGUCCUAUGUUCAGUUCAGAGAAGAUAAAAGUCCUUUUGAUUUGGAACUCUACAAUGAAGCACUAAAAAUUAUUCAUGAAUUCCCUGAAUACUUCCCAUUUGGUCCUACGAGGAACAAUUGAUGCUUCUUAGUGUUUAUUUGGAACUUCAGAG